UUCCCCGAUGUUGCUGAACCAGCCUAUUUAAAACAUUGGUGUUAUUGUAGCUCGGUCUUCAGAGGCCGUCUGUAAAUGAGCGCUCAGUUUUGUGCCAAUGGGAGGUUAUGAGGAUGAACCACGGCUGAGAUGUGUUGACUCGACAGGCACAUGUGCACCCGUGGUGCUGAAGGAACAGCUCAGUGAGCCCCGUCGCAAUGAAACAGUCCUCAGUCCUCAAAGUUUGCGGCUCGCUUCAUUCGCUCUGACCAUGAAGAGACAGAACAUCAGGACCCUCGUGUUGAUCACCUGCACUUUCACUUAUCUGCUCGUCGGAGCGGCUGUUUUUGACGCUUUAGAGUCCAAGAUGGAGAUCACCCAAAAGAAGGUCCUGGACGAUCGGAAGCGAGAGCUGAUGGACAAGUACAACCUGAGCAAAGGGAAUUUCGACGAGCUGGAGCGGGUCGUGCUGCAGCUGAAGCCGCACAAGGCUGGGGUCCAGUGGAGGUUCGCCGGCUCCUUUUACUUCGCCAUCACGGUCAUCACCACCAUAGGAUAUGGUCAUGCGGCCCCCAGCACGGAUGGUGGGAAGGUGUUCUGCAUGUUCUACGCCCUCCUGGGGAUCCCCCUCACCCUGGUGAUGUUCCAGAGUCUGGGAGAACGCAUCAACACCUUCGUCAAGUAUCUGUUGCACCGUCUCAAAAAGUGUCUAGGCCUUCGGAACACAGAGGUCUCGAUGGCCAACAUGGUGUGCAUUGGCUUAAUAUCCUGCAUGAGCACCUUGUGCGUAGGAGCAGCAGCUUUCUCCCGCUAUGAGGACUGGAGCUUCUUCCAUGCGUAUUAUUACUGCUUCAUAACCCUCACCACCAUUGGUUUUGGGGACUAUGUAGCCCUGCAGAAGGAUAAUGCGUUACAAACCAACCCCCAGUACGUCGCGUUUAGCUUCAUGUACAUCCUCACAGGACUCACAGUCAUCGGCGCCUUCCUGAACCUGGUGGUUCUGCGUUUCAUGACCAUGAACGCCGAGGAUGAACGGCGCGAUGCCGAACAGCGCACAUUGCUGUGCCGAAAGAAGCAGAGCGGCGGAGCCGCAACCAACCACUGCAUGUCCGACCCGCCGCCUUCAUCCACUGCGGGCCACAGAGGAGGGUCUGGGAAAGGGUUGUGUAACGUCUACGCCGAAGUGCUGCAUUUCCAGUCCAUGUGCUCUUGUCUCUGGUACAAAAGCCAGGAGAAGAUGCGCUACUCGAUUCCCAUGAUUAUCUCUCACGAUCUGUCCACUUCAGACACCUACAUGGAGCAUAGCGAGACCUCCGAUGCCCUGCACUCCAACGGCUGCGUGUGCAGUGCCUUGCAGGAGCACUCGGCCACCAGUUCUGUGUACACGCGCCUGCUCAGCCCAGCGCAUUACCAAAGACUCUCCAAACGCCGCAGCUCCAUCUAGAGGGCUGGAGGAUGUAUUGCAUGUGAAUCUCUUUCGCCUUACGAAACCAACCACUGUUAUACUUGGGGUUGAAAAAACAAAACAAAAAAACGCUGCUUCUAAGCUGCUCAGAUCCUCUGUCAGUCGAAUAUGUGUAAUGUAGUGAUAGACGGGGCAGGGCAGCCUGUCAGCAGGUGCUGCUUGAGGACCGGAGGCGUAGCAGCGUGCAAUAAAAACAGGGUCAAGCCUGUAUUAUUUGAGUAUUACACUUUGAGGAUUUCGAGAAAAGACAAAACUCAAACCGCUAGCUCUUCACUGAACUCAAGGGUAAAUAGAAACAAAUGCAGGUCUUUCAAAACCAACAAGUCCUAAAGUGUCAGGCUCUUCUGGUUUUGAUUUGAAUAGAUAGUUCUUGUGAUGCAACCGGUUCUACAGUGAAUACUUUUGCAUCUUUGCAGGAGUUCUCAUAGUAAUUAUACAUACAUAUAUAUAUAUAUAUAUAUAUAUAUAUAUUAACAAUUAUUUCACAUGAGAACUUUGCUAAUGAUUAGUAAAGAUCUUAGUCAGGGAAGAGCCAUAUUUAAUUUCUGAUGGAACAGAGUGCUGCAGUGAUGACGUAUUUUUGUAGAUCAACCCGAAGCUUAGCUGGUUCUCCCAACAUUUUGUCUGUCAAGAUAAUCUUCACAAAUUUUCCAACUUUUAUGAAUUUUGAGGCCUAAAUACCAUCACCAGAAGUAAAUAGCUAAACAUAAGCUAAACAAAUUAACUAAAUACUUUACGUUACCACCAAUAAGUGUCCGAUUCUUUAUUUAAAAAAAAAAGAAUAAAAUCCUUGAAAAUUUGAAUCGAAAUUACGGAGCCCCGCACAUGGCAUGCAGGAAAAAAAUAGUAGGCUAAACUGUGUGCACAAUUUACUAUUUCGUUCCCACGAUUUAUAAAUAGUGCGCACGGUUUACUAAUUCAUUCUCUAGAUUUGCUCAAUUGUACACACGAUUUAUUUAUUUUUCUUCCAUGUCAUGUGCGGGGCUCCAUAUGAAACAGUUUGCAAGAGUUAUAAACGAUUAUAAACGCAACAUGGUUGUGAAUCAGUAACUUCUGCAGUACUAAAGUUAAAAGAUGGGCGUUGUAAAAAAGGUCCACAUAUCAAGGAUCUUUAUAAAGUUUGUGCUGUUGGAACUUGUUUUCAUCCAUGUAAAAUUCAGUAUGUCUCACCUGACUAAGGUCUAUUCACUUUCCGUUUUCUUUAACACUCAAACUCACAUUCACAAUGAGUUGUAUUGUUCAUCUAUCCAUGUGUUCCCCUUUUCUGUAUUUAUAUCCACUAUUAUUUUAAUCAAUCACCAUUUUUGUGUGAAUAAUUAUAUGAUUAUAUAUAUAUUGUAUUUGCAGUUGCACUUUAGAUGAAAACUAUUAGCUUCAGGGCUGUAGCCAUGAGUGCACAGAUCAUCUCUUAAGAGCGACAUGAAACUUUCUUAAAAUACACUCCUGGUCUUAUAGUGCACCAUUCAUCAUGUUAAUCCAAAGGAAGAAAAUGUUUGUUUUUGUAAUCUUUGAUUAAAAUGUACUGUAUAUAAAUAAAAGCUUCUAUAAUAAUAAUAAUAAUAA